AUGUCCUGCAACAUCAGCUCCCGCACCAGCCUGGGGCCCAGCAUCGGCUCCUGUGGGGACUCCACAGCUGUGGUUUAUGGCCCCCCAGUCGUCAUCAAGUUCCCAGGCCCCAUUCUCAGCACCUGCCCCCAGGAAACCGUGGUGGGAGCCUCGGUUCCCAACGUCAGCGGCCCAGGGGUGGGCAGCAGCUCCCCCGGUCCCUGGGGAGCUUCCAGGAUGCUGGGCUCCUCCUCUUCUGCAGGCUUCUCCAGCUCGGGAGGCUUCUCCAGCUCGGGAGGCUUAGCUGGCUCUGGAGGCUCCUCGUGGAGAGGAGGUUCCUGUGGCUCUGGCAUCUACCCGGGGCUGGGAGGCUGCUACGGCAGCAGGUUGUACAGCAGCAGCAGCAGCAGCGGCAGCAGCAGCCCUGCAUCUCGCCGUGGCAACUACAGCUCCUUCUGA